AUGGGGAUCGACAUCAACUGCGACAUGGGCGAGGCCUACAGCAUCUAUACCUGCGGCGACGACGAGGCGAUCAUGCCCUACAUCACCUCGGCCAACGUCGCCUGCGGCUUUCAUGCCUCGGACCCGGGCGUCAUGCAUGCGACCGUCGUGCUCGCCAAGGAGCACGGCGUGAAGGUGGGGGCUCAUCCGUCGUUCCCCGAUCGGGACGGCUUCGGCCGGCGCUACAUGAAGAUGGACCGCAAGGAGCUGCGCGACGCCAUCAUCUACCAGUGCGGCGCUCUCAAGGGCUUCCUCGAGAUGGAGGGGAUGACCCUCAACCACCUGAAGCCGCACGGUGCGCUCUACGGCGCCGCCUGGAUCGACGAAGACGUGGCGACCGCCUGCGCCGAGGCGGCACAGGUCUUCGGCGUGCCCAUGUACGGCACGACCGGCACCAUGCACGAGACGAUCUGGCCCAAGUACACGGACGUCGUGUGGGAAAUCUUCGCCGACCUCGACUACGACGACGAGGGCCGCUGCAUCAUCACCCGCGAGCACAAGUCGGUGGCGCCCGAACAAGCGGUCGAGCAGAUCAUGCGCGUGGUCAAGGACGGCGUGAUCCGCUCGGUCAACGGCAAGGACGUGCCGACGAAGGCGGAGACGAUCUGCGUUCACUCGGACACGCCGAGCGCGGUCGCCGUCGCCAAGGCGGUGCGCCAGGCGGUCGACCCUUACAUCGAACGGAACGGAGGAUGA